AUGAUCUCCAACAUCCUCCGCAAACUUCAGGGUGGAAACCUGGAAGUUUUCAAGUUUGGCAUGUACGUCCUCUUCCCCAUCGGCUGGAUGUACUACUUCGGCACCAACCUCGACGAUCGCUUUAAAGUCAAGGGGUUCUGGCCAUCCGAGGAGCAAUCGCACAAGAUUCCUUUGGACAAGGAAGAGAUUGAUAAGGAAUUGGCGCGUAUGCGCGUGGUGGAGGGUCUUCGGCGGGAGCGGGAGCAGAAACAGCGAGAGGCAUUGGCGGCUCAAGCUGAAGCUCAGCAAUCUCAAGCCUCCCAAUAG